AUGGAGCAAACAAAAUCACCACCAUGCAAUGACAAUGACACAACCACAUCGCCGGCAACAAAUGGGGGUACGAGGCAACCGGUUUAUCGUGGUGUCCGGAGACGACGAUGGGGAAAAUGGGUGUCGGAAAUUCGAGAACCAAGAAAAAAAUCACGCAUUUGGCUAGGUUCUUUUUCUUCUCCUGAAAUGGCAGCUAGAGCUUAUGAUGUGGCGGCUUAUUGCCUCAAGGGAUGUAACGCACAGCUUAAUUUUCCUGAUGAAAUAGAGCAAUUACCGCGACCGAUUACUUCCGCAGCCAGAGAUAUUCAGGCAGCAGCAGCAAUGGCAGCAAAUGCGGAAAUUGUGAAGAAAAAGAAUCAUGAAGAUUUUGGUAACGAUGAUUUUUGGGAGGAAAUUGAGCUGCCGGAAUUGAGGGAUGCCGGAAGAUAUCUGUGUUUUUCAUCGGAAAAUAGUAACUUGAAUGGGAAUUAUUAUACCUACUCUGAGGUAUGGCAAUGGAAUUCUUGUGGUGUGAUGUUUCCAAGUGAUAUAUAGGAGCCACUACCCCGCCCCCCCAAAAAAAAAAAAAAAGAGAAGGAAUUAUCUAUAAAAUUGGUUGCUAGUCUAUCGUUAAAUGGCAUGUAGUUAAUAAGAUUUUUUGAUAAUUCGUUGCUAACUCAUAGUUAAAUAGAAAUAACAACGGAUUUUUAUUG